UUACGUGUGCCCAGGCUCCCGGAGGUCUUCUUGGCAUGACGUGCUCAGGGGAUGCUUCAAACACCAAGGAGAGUCGCCAGCUCAUCCUGUGAUGGCAAAUCCAUAGGUAGAAAGGGCUGCAGCACAUGGGCACAGUUUUAAAGGGGAAAAGGUCACAGACAAGUCCUGCUUAACACCAGACAUGUCCCAGAGUGAUGAAACAAAACAAUGCCAGGGCGUUGCUGAGCACUGCUUCUGUGUGGAGAACUGUGAAGGAGGUACGGAUACUGGUGACAGAGAAGUGGCAUCACUACUCCAGGCCCAGUGAGUUGGCAACUGCUGCAGCUGGGAGAGCCAAGGAUCUGAAGACCCGCUUAGGGAUUCUGCUUCACAAACCAGAGCUGGGACACAGGAUCAGGACCUCUGGCAAGCUGCAGCUGAGCUCCAGGUGGAGAGACUCCUCACAAGAGGCACUCGAAUGGAGAGAGUCCUUCGACCAGCUCCUGAAGAGUAAAAGUGGGGUGACAGCCUUCCACACCUUUCUGAAAACAGAGUUCAGUGAGGAGAACCUUGACUUCUGGUUGGCCUGUGAGGACUUCAAAAAGACCCGGUCAAAAACCAAGCUGGCCUCCAAGGCCAACAGGAUCUUCGAGGAGUUUGUCCAGAAUGAGGCACCCAGGGAGGUAAACAUUGACCACGAAACCAGGGAGAUCACCAGGAAGAACCUCUCAGGUGCCACCUCCGCUUGCUUCAACGAAGCCCAAGCCAAGACGCGCACUUUGAUGGAGAAGGACUCCUACCCUCGCUUCCUGAAGUCUGCUUCCUAUCAGGACAUGACCAAGCAGGCCACCAGCCGUGGCAUCAGCAAGCGGUCACAUACCUGACCUGAGCCUGAAGCCACCACAGGAGAAGGAGCCAGGGGACCAGGCAGAGGCAGAGAGACAGUUUACAAAGGCUGAGGUCCAUGUGGUGGGGUUUCAGCUAAAGUCCUGGCAUUUUAGCAGGAUUCUCAAGACCUCAAACACUUUCUGCUUCUCACCACACUGCUGGGAAGAGAGGUCCUCCCUGCCCGUGGGAGCAGAGCAGGUAGGAAGCCAAUGCCUCCCCUUGCAGCACGGCUGGAGACCUGCUGGAGACCUGUCCCACCACCACAGGGACAGAAAGAAACCAGAUUUGAGUUCCAAGCCCAGGAUAAAGAGACUGGAUCCCCUGAGCAUCCCUAACCAGAGAGACGAGCCCCUGUCUGCUCUCAGGACCCUGCCUCUGACCUGCAGAGCUGGCAACUCCCACCGUGCCCAGGGCAACCACCCCAGACCUGCCUGCAGGGCUCUUCCUACAGGUAAUGGCCAGAGCAGAAGUCCAAAAGACUCGAUGGCAUUUUCUGCUGGAGGGACCCUGCACUUGCCUUCCCCUGAACCCCAGAUCCUCCUCCUGCUGCUUCCUACGCAUGCUCUGCAUCAAAGCUCUACGCCUCCUUCCUGCACAGCACAUCCCUGGCAGUGACAUUUUUAUCCCUCGCUUAAGUGACGUGACCUUUCGAUGGCACAUGUUCUUAGGUCACCUGCAGAACUUUUGAUGAUGAUGAUGAUUACUACUGUUAUUUAUUUGACCAUCAUUAUGAUGUAGUAUUUAUUGGAAGAGCACUGCUGAAAGCAUACACAUGUCCCUUGCUCCCAGGGGCUGGUAAAUGAAAUUACUUUAGCUGUUGUAGCACCUGGCAUGCUGCCCACCUUGCCCAUAGGAUAGCUUCAGAGAGGUGAGCAGACAGAUCUGUAUUGUGGCCAUGGAGCAAGGUACAUGAGCAGCAGCAAGAGUUGCAGCCUGGCAAGAGCUGCCAGUGGGGUCAAAGGCAGCAGGUUUCCAGUGAGCUUGGUGGGGUGCUGCUGACGGUAAUGAUGCUUUGUGGUCCACACUGGUUCCUUUCUCCCCUUGAAGAUGUGGAUGGCAUCCCGUAGCCUAGCAGCUUGUCCUAGACAGAGAAUAGUGAUGUAAAUCAGGCACUUUGCUGAGUGAUCCUGCUGAAAGCUUAUUUUUUUACACUUGAGAGAGAAAGCCUGAGGCUUUCCCCUGGUACCUUAUUGGGCUUGGUGUUCUCUGGGACAGUGAACCCAGUCUGCACCCCCAGCACUUCAGCAGUAACCCAGGUUGCUGAGCCAAACAGGGCUGUGUGCUGGGAAUUCAGCAUCGUGGUGGGCAGCAUCAGCAGGCAUCAGCUCAUACCUGUGGGGCAAGCUCUUCAGAAAAGAGCAGGCAGGCCUGGAUCCUGCAGCCACUCUGGAAAGCUGUGGACCCUGUUCAGCAGCAAUGGUGCCAGCAGCUGUGUGGGUGGGUGCUGGGGAGCCCACAGGUGUCCUGCACUGGGACAUAGGGAAUGUGUUAUCAGCACCAGUCCCUCCUGAGACGGCCUGGGGCUGCCACAUGUGCUUCCAUUCACCCCUAAACACCAAGCCUGGAGGUGCUCCUGCUGGCACCCAGCCCUUCCUGAGAAAACCACCUUUUGCCCCGCUGAGCAGCAGCUGGAGCGCAGCAUUGCUCGGGCUUUCCGCGGCUGCUGCCGCAGAGCAAGGGACCAAGGACCAGUCUGGGGGUGUUACGGUGAGUCCUCUUCCAGCGUCCUCACCCCGGUUCUACCUCCGAGUCUCAGCGGGUCCUGGCUGUGUUUACAGGGAAGCUGUGGUUGUUUUCCUAUUUAUUGUCACAACUGGAGCCCUCUUGGCUGUCACCGGAGUGAAUGGCUGCAGGGCUCCCUGCCGCGGCCAGCGGAGCGUCGUCCUUGCCAAAUAAAGUGCCAAGAGGAACCUCCCCUGA